ACCGCACUCGGAUUCUUUCAUCCCCCCCCACCCCCUUGCUGUCCUCUCCUCCCUCCCUUUCUCCUUCCCUCUCUCCCUCCCUCCCUCCCCCGUUAUUCCGCCGGGGGAGCCGGAUUUGUGGCUGCGGUGGGGCGGGGGGGGACGAGAGCGAGAGGGAGAGCCGGCGAGAGACAUGGAUGGCCCGGCGCGAUGCAACGGGCUUCGGAAGAAGCGGCGAUCGCGGUCCCAGCGCGACCGGGAGCGGCGAGCCAAAGGCGGGCGGCGCGGCUCUGCCGCCGGUGGGGCCGCCGGCCCCGGGGCCGCCGCCGCGCUCUCCUCCUCGGGCUCGGAGAAGGAAGACAAUGGGCCCCCGCCGCCGUCCCGGCCGCGACCCCCCCGGAGGAAGCGGCGGGAGUCCUCCUCGGCCGAAGAGGACAUUAUCGACGGUUUCGCGAUGUCCAGCUUCGUCACUUUCGAGGCGCUGGAGAAGGACAUAGCUCUGAAACCUCAGGAACGUAUGGAGAAGCGACAGAAUCCUCUAGCCAAGAAGAAACGGGAAGCACUUAGCAAUGGGCUGUCAUACCUUCCUAAAAAGAACAGACUUCACCACCACCAGUACAGCUCCGACCGAGAAAACGAUCGCAAUCUCUGUCAGCACCUUGGGAAGCGGAAGAAAAUACCCAAGGGCCUCAGACAGCUCAAGCCAGGUCAAAACAGUUGCCGAGACAGUGACAGUGAAAGCGCCAGUGGGGAAUCGAAAGGCUUCCAUCGAAGCAGCUCUCGGGAAAGACUCAGCGACAGCUCAGCUCCUUCCAGCUUGGGAACAGGCUACUUUUGUGACAGCGACAGUGAUCAAGAAGAAAAGGCAUCUGAUGCCAGCUCUGAAAAGCUGUUCAACGCUGUUACAAAUAAAGAUAAAGAGUUAGGAGUCAGCGCACUAGCUGAAAAUGACGACCCUGGUGCUAGGGGCCCAGCUGUCCCGAAAAUAUCAGGAUUAGAAAGGAGUCAAGAGAAGAGCCAGGACAGCAGUAAAGACCCAAUACUUGAGCCUGUGGUGCCUAAAGACCCUUGUCCUCAGGUGACACAGCCUUUGGCCCAGCCCCAGUUGGAGCCGCAGCCCGAGGCGCCCUGCCCCAGCCCUGCGCUCGCCCCACGGCCGGAGGCCCCUGCCCAGCCGCCCCCGCCGCAAGCCGCGCAGCUGCCCCCAGCCUCGGAAGAAGCCAGCCGCCCGCCGGCCCCGGCGCCGCCCGUCCAGCACCCGCCCCGGCCGCAGUCACCCGUGCAGCCGGCGCAUCCCAGCCUCCCUGCGGUGCAGCCCCACCCGGCCUCUCAGGGCCUCUCGCAGCCACUCUCUGCCUAUAACAGCAGCAGCUUGAGCCUCAACAGCUUGAGCAGCAGCAGAAGCAGCACUCCUGCCAAGACUCAGGCCCCUCCUCCACACAUAUCUCACCAUCCCUCAGCCUCGCCAUUCCCCCUCUCUUUACCCAGCCACAGCCCGCUGCAUACCUUCACGCCCACCCUCCAGCCCCCCGCACACCCACAUCACCCCAAUAUGUUUGCCCCUCCUACGGCUUUGCCUCCUCCACCUCCAUUGACGUCAGGGACACUGCAGGUUCCAGGACACCCAGCUGGUAGUACCUACUCAGAACAAGAUCUUCUCCGUCAGGAACUAAACACGCGAUUUCUGGCCUCGCAGAGCGCAGAUCGCGGGGCCUCCCUGGGUCCUCCGCCCUACCUGAGGACCGAGUUCCACCAGCAUCAGCACCAGCACCAGCACACACACCAACACACACACCAGCACACCUUCACGCCUUUCCCUCACGCCAUCCCACCCACUGCCAUCAUGCCGACGCCAGCACCGCCCAUGGUGCGUACCCCAGGCAGAAAUUUUGACAAAUACCCUACAAAAGUUGACCCCUUCUACCGUCACAGUCUGUUUCACUCCUAUCCUCCAGCUGUAUCAGGUAUUCCUCCCAUGAUUCCUCCAACUGGCCCCUUUGGCUCGCUACAAGGAGCUUUUCAACCCAAGACUUCCAACCCUAUUGAUGUUGCAGCCAGACCUGGAACCGUCCCACAUACCCUUCUACAGAAGGAUCCACGGUUGACAGAUCCGUUCAGGCCCAUGUUGAGGAAACCUGGGAAGUGGUGUGCUAUGCACGUUCACAUCGCCUGGCAGAUAUACCAUCACCAACAGAAAGUCAAGAAACAGAUGCAAUCUGAUCCACACAAGCUGGACUUUGGCCUGAAACCUGAAUUUCUGAGCAGGCCACCAGGCCCCAGCCUUUUUGGAGCCAUCCACCACCCCCAUGACCUGGCCCGGCCCUCGACUCUCUUCUCCACAGCCAGUGGGGGUCAUCCAGCUGGCACCCCUUUCGGCCCACCACCUCACCACAGCAACUUCCUCAACCCAGCUGCUCACUUAGAGCCUUUCAAUCGACCGGCUUCCUUCAGCGGGCUCACCGCGGUGGGCAGCAAUGCCUUCGGGGGACUCGGCAACCCGACAGUUACACCCAACUCAAUGUUCGGCCACAAGGAUGGCCCCAGUAUGCAGAGCUUUAGCAACCCUCACGAGCCCUGGAACCGACUGCACCGAACUCCUCCUUCGUUCCCGACCCCUCCGCCCUGGCUGAAGCCAGGAGAGCUGGAGCGCAGUUCAUCUGCUGCAGCUCAUGACAGAGAUAGAGAUGUAGAUAAACGAGACUCAUCUGUUAGUAAAGAUGACAAAGAAAGGGAGAGCAUUGAGAAAAGACACUCCAGCCAUCCUUCGCCAGCACCUAUUCAUCCAGUAAACUCCCUCGGCCAUAACCGCAGCUCAAAUGAGCAGAUCAGGAGCCAUCUGAAUCCCGAGGGUCGAGAGAAAGAGAAACCCAAAGAACGAGAGAGGGAUCACUCCGAAUCUCGGAAGGAAAUUAACGUUGAAGAGCACAAGGUGAAGGACAACUAUAUUUCGGAGAAAGAAGGCCUGAGCCAUGAAAGCCGAGUGGUGGAAGAAUCUAAGCAAAUGCCCAGGGUUCCUUCACCCUAUGCUAGGCCCCCUGUUGUGGAGAGCACCAGGCCUAACAGUACUUCAAACCGUGAGGCCGAGAGGAAGAACGAGCCGGCAUACGAGAACCCCAAGAAAAGCAAUGAAGUCAAAGUGAAGGAGGAGCGAAAGGAAGACCAUGACGUUCAACCUGAGGGACCUCAGACUCAUAGGUCAUCUGAUCAGCCACCACCUAUAUCUACAUCUAACGUCCACCCCAGUCCUUUAGUGUCUAUGCCCAUGACUGUAGGUGUAACUGGUAUACAUCACAUGAACAGCAUCAGUGGCCUGGAUAGGACUCGGAUGAUGACCCCUUUCAUGGGAAUUAGCCCGAUUCCUGGUGGAGAACGUUUCCCCUAUCCUUCUUUCCACUGGGAUCCAAUGAGAGAUCCCUUAAGAGAUCCAUACAGAGAGCUAGAUAUUCAUCGGAGAGACCCCCUGGGCAGAGACUUUUUGCUAAGAAAUGACCCCCUUCAUCGUCUUUCUACGCCAAGGUUAUAUGAAGCAGACAGGUCAUUCAGGGAUCGGGAACCCCACGACUACAAUCACCACCACCAUCACCACCACCCUCUCUCCGUCGACCCUCGACGUGAGCACGAGAGGGGCAACCACCUGGAUGAGAGGGAGCGGUUGCACAUGCUCCGAGAGGACUAUGAACACGCACGCCUGCACUCAGUUCACCCUGCAGCCUUGGAUGGGCACCUGCCUCACCCGAGCCUCAUCACGCCAGGACUUCCUAGCAUGCACUACCCCAGAGUCAGUCCCCCGACGGGACACCAAAACGGCAUCCUCAACAAAACACCCCCCACAGCAGCUCUCAGUGCCCCUCCACCUCUUAUUUCUACUCUGGGACCUCGGCCUGGGUCUCCCAGAAGGACUACUCCUCUGUCAACAGAGAUGAGAGAGAGGCCUCCUUCUCACACCCUCAAGGACAUUGAAGCUCGAUAAGCUGAGCAAGACUAGCUAAAAACCGGAGCAAGAGGGACAGAGCGUUGUAAAUGAACAUAAUAACCCAGAGACCUUCUUACUAGUCAUUGAUACAGACUGGGGAUGUGAGCCCCCCUGUACCAUAUGUAUAGACCUGAGUGCAAAGAUUUUGAAAUGGGUUUUUUUUGUAUAUUAUAUGUUGAAAUUUUUCCAGAUCUUUUAGCCAAGUCCAUAUGUUCCUCGUGUCUCCUGCUCUUAUUUUAUUUCUAGCUUAAAAAGAAAUGGCAAAAUACGAACUGAAGAACAAGACGUCCAUCCGAACGAUUUGACCAGUAACAAACCACCACCCGUGUCAACCAUACAAAGCUCUUUCAGACCUGAAGUGAAGACAAUUGUAGAUAUUUAUGUAAAAAAAAAAAAGGAAAAAAAAAAGAAAAAAAAAAAAAAGGAAGGAAAAAAAAAGAUUGCUUCAUGGGUUAAUGGUUCAUAUAUAUGCAAAAAGGGUAAGAUGAAAGCUUUACUUUGUACAAAUGUAAAUAGAUUAAAAUUAAGUAACAUAAUACAUUAAUACUUCUUAAACUGUGCUAUUUGCAAACUUACUAUUGAUCAACACAGUCUGCUUAUGCUGUGUUACAUAUAUUGUUAUAGACAGCUAAACCCCUUCAACUAUGCAAUGAAUUUUAAGGCUUUUCACAAAAGCCUUUAUAACUCAAAGGAGCCUUUUUCAAACACACAACAUAACUAAAGUCAUAUUUUCCCUGAACGAGCUCAUCUAUAAUAGCAGCCUGUUUCUCCUCAUCUAUAAUAAUAGCAGCCUAUUUCUCUCAUCUAUAAGAGCAGCCUGUUUCUCUUGCUUGUUUUGACGAAGCAGCAGCCCAUUAGAGGUGUAGCUUUCUGUCUGAGCCCCUGCAUCGAGGUGCUGAUGUAGCUCAUGUAUUCCUUAGGACGCGUCAGGGUUAGCGAUCCGCGCUCGCUGGUACUGCAGUCAUGACAGAUUGGUUCUUAGUCACGUUGAUCUGGGUUAAAACAGAGUAAUAAUCAAAUGCUGGAUAUUUCCCAGAACUCAUUACUUAACAUGUCAAAUCUGUUCUUGAAAGAACAUCUGCUUAUAGCCACUCAUGUCUGGUUUUACUGCCAGUGUGUCAUUUUUAUCCGCACACACAUUUUUUCCCCCUCUCUUUUUUU